GUUGUUAGAAGACCUACAGUGACCUUGUUUUUAAAUGAGUGCCUUUUUCGCGCCUCGAGGUUUAAAAUGUAAUUUAAAACAACAACUCCCGGCGAAUAGUGACUUAACAAAUGAACAACUCUUAUUAUUAUAUAGUAUAUUUGGUGAUUUAAUCAUGAAAGCAUUAUUGAUUAUUGAAUGCGGUUCCAUAACUAUCGAACGAUCAAAAUCAUCUCAGCAUCAACUAUUUCGAGUAGAAUCAGGUUCUGGUUCGGUUAGUUACUGUUCAAAUUACACACGUUAUUGUCGUUGUUUUAAUACAGUACAGAAGUAUAUUAAUCCUUUAUAUGAAUUAUGGGUAAAUAUCUGUUGUUUUGUUUGUGGUUAUGAUUUCUUUGUGAUUUUUUAUUUAUGUGCCUCUUUAGUGUGAACAUAAUCUUGCUAUAUUUCUAGCUGAAAUUAUGGGCAAAACAAAAGUGGUUUAUCUAAAUGAUGAUAUAGUUUGUCGAUCUUUAGAAAUGUUAUAUAGCAGAGAUAUCAUUAGUACUAAUGCUUCCGUUGUUGAAAGUUCCAGUUAAAGUUUUCAUCUUAUUAGUAUUGCUCUUUAUUGGAAAAUAAAGAAACUUUUUUC